AUGGGGGGCCCCCCCGAGGGACAGCAGUUCUUCUUGGGGGGCCCCCCAGUUCUGGGGAGCCCCCCGGCAGGGGGGCCCCCAAACGGGCCUGCAGCAGCAGCAGCAGCAGCAGCACAAGCGGGAGGUAACAGCAGCGAUGGUGGCCAAGGCAGAAAGGCGCAAAGUCCAACAGCAACAGCAAAAACAGCAGCAAAAGGAGCAGCAGCAGCAGAUGCAGCAACAGCAGCAAAAAUAACAAAAGCAACAAGAGCAGCAGCAGCAGCAGCAACGGCGCCAGAAGGAGCAGCAGCAACAAGAGCCGCAGCUGCAGCAGCAGCAAAAGGCCAGAAGCAGCGAAAGCAACAACAGCAGCAGCAACUGCAGCAAAUGGAGCAGCAGCAGCAAAAGCAGCAGCAGCAGCAGCAAGGCCCACAUCAGAGGCUUCUUGUUCAGUGCAGAUCCCGCAGCUGCAGCAGUGGCCUUUCCGAGCUGCUCGGCCCUCUUCUUCUGCUGCUGCGAUGCACCACGAGCGGACUGCAGCAGCAGCAGCAGCAGCAGCAGCAGCUGAACAGCAUCAUCCAAACAGAAAGAGCAGCUAAGCAAAAGGAGCAGCAGCAGUAG